UGUAGAGAUUAUAGUCCCAAGUCUGUAAUGUUAGAGUUUUAACUGUAAAUAUAAGCCUCUACCUGAGAUUUAGUAUUUAUCAUUAGGGUCACAGAGCAAAAUUUAAUGAAAUAAACAUUAAAUAGCACAUAUAGACAUUGUCCUGUUCUCAUUUGUCACAUGAUGCACAUUAAAAGUGAGUAGCAUCAAAAGCUCAGAGAUCUUUUUUUGUUUUACUUUUCACCAGUUAAUAAUUGGGGGCUGCGGAUAGGUAACAAUAGAGAGGUAUAAUGUCGUAUACAGUAGCCCACUUUUUUUUUUUUUUUAAAUUGGGACACAAACAGGGUCAGUAGAUUUGAAAUAACACAGCGUGAAGUAAUGUGACGACUGUGCACAACCAAGGCAGUUUCCUUCCGGGGAAAAUAAAAAGAGGGAAGGGGAUCUGCACAUACAGUGGUGGGAUGCACAGACCAGAACAGAUCAGAGAUCCAGCUGGACGCAGAGAGAGAGAGAGGGAGGCAGACUGCAGAUCACAAGAAAGAAACGCAGCAGAUUAUCUCCCGGGUGAGUUUCUUUUUUACCACAAAUUCUUAAUUUUAUUUAUUUGUAUACAUUUCUUGAUUUGGUUUUGAAGAGUCAGAAGCAAUGAAAGUUUUUAAUCUCGUUGUUUCUCCUACAGACGACAGCCCAACUUUUGGGAGAUUCAGCCAUACUUUUAAUGGAUGACAUCUAAAAUCUACAUCGACUGACUGCAGCCCUAACUCCGUGUGUGUGAUGUGACCGUUGACUGCACAAAAUCUGACGCUGGUGCGCACGAUGGAGGAACUUUUACGCGCACAGGAUGCCUGGGCUCAGAACGUUUCCUGGUACAACUCCAGUCAUAUAAAUAGCACCAAUGUGGGGAACAACACGGUAAACCCUUUAAAGCGAAACGAAGAAGUAGCCAAAGUGGAAGUUACUGUCCUGGUUCUGGUGCUGCUGCUCGCUCUGACCGGCAACCUGUGCGUCUUGUGGGCUAUCCACACCACCAAGCACAGCCAUUCUCGGAUGUAUUACUUCAUGAAGCACCUGAGCAUCGCAGACCUUGUCGUGGCGGUGUUCCAGGUCCUGCCGCAGCUCAUCUGGGACAUAACCUUCCGCUUUUAUGGACCUGAUUUCCUUUGCAGGCUGGUCAAAUACCUCCAGGUUGUUGGCAUGUUUGCGUCAACCUACAUGUUGGUCCUGAUGUCCAUCGAUAGAUGCUUAGCGAUCUGCCAGCCGCUUCGCUCGGUGCACAAGGGGAAAGAUCGCUUCUGUGUGAUCGCAUCUUGGAUCCUCAGUCUUAUGUUCAGUACCCCACAAGCCUACAUCUUUUCUCUCAGGGAGGUCGGGAAUGGCGUUUACGACUGUUGGGGGGACUUCGUGGAACCCUGGGGUGCCAAAACCUACAUCACAUGGAUGAGUCUGAGCAUUUACAUUCUUCCAGUUGCGAUAUUAAGCAUCUGCUACGGCCUCAUAUGCUUUAAAAUAUGGCAGAAUAUCAACAUGAAAACCAGGAGGGAGCACUUUUUGGCUCUCACGCCGAGGCCAUCCAAGGGCGCACAUCCACUGUCACGCGUGAGCAGCGUCAGACUCAUUUCUAAAGCCAAGAUCCGCACCGUGAAAAUGACAUUUGUGGUGGUCAUUGCAUAUAUUGUGUGCUGGACUCCUUUUUUCUUUGUCCAGAUGUGGUCUGCAUGGGAUCCUGCUGCACCAAGAGAAGACAUGGCCUUCAUCAUCUCCAUGUUGCUUGCUAGCCUCAACAGCUGCUGUAAUCCCUGGAUCUACAUGUUCUUUGCUGGUCACCUGUUUCACGACCUGAUGCAGAGCUUCUUCUGCUGCUGCUGCAGACACUAUCUGGCCGACUCGUCCUGCCGCUGCGACCAGCAGUGCAGGCACAAGAGCGGCUCCUCCACUUAUGUCAUCAAGAACGGCAGCAGUAUGAGGAGUUUGACUCACACUUCCAGCACAGGGGGGCCCGCGCACUGAGCCGGCAAGGAGCCAUCUUAAGCUUCCCGUGGCUGAUUUGAUCCAGCAAUCAUGCAAGGCCUUGGUUGAGGCAUUUAAUCAUCGACAGCAGAGCUGAGCUCGCCACGGCACAAUGCUUGUUGUCAGCCAUAUUAAAUUAAGCCAAACAGAGAACAUAAACCUCCUGUCCGGAAACAGCCCUGCACCCUGUGAUAACAGAAAGUAGAACAAAAUGCCAUUGUGUCCAAAAUGUGAACUAAAUGAGCUGCAAAGUGAAGUUCCAACCAGAACACAUUUAAAUUCAGCAGGAUCUGUUCAAACGUUCGCUCACGGCUGCAGUCGGCUCUGACAGGACCAGAUGGGACGGACCAGAUUUUAAUCGAAGAUGCCAAAAAAAAAAAAAAAAAACAACAACAAAAAAAAACUGACUUGGUGGGUUUCAUUUCUAUCUUUGGUCACAGAAUGAGUAGGAGGGAAAGAAUUAAUGUACACUGUUGUUUACUGUGGCAUGUUCAAACAUAUAUAUCUGUGAGAUGACAAAAUAGGACAAAAUAUAUGCUAGAUGUUUAGUUAACAAGACUUGUCUACUAUCUAAGGUCAAACAACUGUAAACAUUCUUUACACUUGUUUACAGUGUUUUUGAACUUCAGUUUUACAGAUUAAGGGCGUAUUCACACCUGACACUUUCGGCCCACUUUAAACGGACCGAAAUAUGUUUCCCCCGUUGGUCUGAACCUUUUGUUCAGGUGUGAAUACAGUCAAGCGAACUCUGGUGCGGACUAAACAAACGGACCUAGACCCACUGUUUGAGGUGGUGUCCAAACAAACUCUGGUGCAUUUCCCUUCUAAGUGUGAACACAGACCGGCCUCAAUAUGAGCCAACAACAGGACACACACGACAUUUUGGACUUCAUGAGCCACCGUUGCUGGGAAUUAUGGUAAAAAUUAGCCCUUCAGUGUUGCUACUACUACAUGUACUGAAAUCAUACCUGUUCUCUCGUUUACUGCUGCAAUUUCAUUAAAUUCUAGUUUUUUUUCUGUUUUUUGUUUUUUUGUUUUUUUGUUUGUUUGUUUUUUUUGAUAUCCUGUUACCUACUGCUUACUGCAGCUACUUGAAAGUUUGGCCCGUUCCUAACUGAGUCAGAUUUGGAGGCUACUUUGCUCUCACACACAUUUUCAGCCCUGUCCACAAAUUUUCUGAGGGACAGAAAUCGGAGCUUUGUGAUGACCUUUCCUGCUUUUGUUGUCUGAAAAGCUCUCUAACUAAUGUGCUGGUAUGCUCUGGGUCAUUGACUCAAGCCUUAAUUUCCCACCUGUUAUCUAGUGAUCUUGCUUCCUUAUUUUUCACAGAAUGUUCCUUCCUUCUGAGCCAAUCUGUUUUCAGAUGUUUACCUCUUGCAGCAAGACCCCCAACAACACAGUUCUGUCACUCCUGUACUUCACAGUUUGGAUGGUUUUCUUAGGGUUGCAAAAUUGUUCCUUUUUUCCUGCAGAUGUGACGAUGGAAAUUAUGACCCAACUACUUAGUUUCAAUUUCCUCAGACAACAAGACGUGGCUUCAAAAAGUCAUUUUUAUGUUGCCUUUGUAGUAAUGGCUUCUUUCUGAUAGAGCCGCCUUUCAGCUCAUGUCAGCACAGGACUUGUUUUGCUGUCGAUAAUGACCCCCCUCUCACCAGAUUCGGCCUGCAUCUUCACAUUGUCAUUUUCUUUUGUUCAGAGAUUGUUUCACACAUUUUGCAACGAAACAGAUGUUUGUCUCUGGGGCUCAGGACAACGCCAAUGUCCAGCUGGACAACCCCAAGCUGUUUUUACUUGUGUGCAGUCGGCACUUUCAGGCACCCAAAACUGAACCAGGCUUUCAGAGAGCCACAGUUUUCAACCUGAUAUUUUGCAGUAUUUCUUUUUAAGUUCACUUUCACACAAGAAGGCGGUGUGUUUGAGUCAUCACCUCAAAACACAUCCACAGGUGUGUCUCCAGUUGUUUUGCGGAACUCCUGAUAGGUUGAUUAGUCAUCAGAACGUUUGUAAAUUGUUUAAAGGUAGACUAAUAUAAAGGUCUGAAUUUAAAGAACAUAACAAAAAAAAUCCUAAAAAAAUAUAUCUAUUUUAUUUGUCUUUCUUUUAGUAAAUAUAAAUAAUGAAUAAUACAUUAAUGAUUACGGUUUGUAGAUUUCGAUCUACCCUAAAACAGAAAAUAUUUAAGAUCAGACAAAAAAUGGCCGUUUUCUUUUCUGUUACUGUGUAUGUAAUUAUCUGUUUUCAAUUGUAAAUUAAUGUAUAAAUGCAUAAGUCACUUUGAUGGUUUUCCAACUUUAAAUCUGAAACUCUUACACUGAUAAAACUGUUUUCAGUAUCGUUUCCUGUAGCCGUGAUACAUGGCAUUGGUUUUCACAGAUCUGUUGACUAGUGUAAAUAUUUACUUUUCAGAAAGUUCCUCGUUUGUGCUGUUUUCUCUAAAUGUUCUGAGAUAUUCGCUAUUUUUGCAAAUCUUCAGAAUGAUGUGUGAAAUGUGCCAAAGCAACUCAGAAAACACGUAAUAGGAAUAUUCUCUCCAGAGGUUUGCCUGAUGUUCAAUAAAAAAAAAAAAAAACGUAACACUAAAAAGAAAUGAAAUGUAAUGUCUGUGCAUGGGUAUCUGCAGUCAGUGCCAUCUCAAAGCUCUGUAGAAAACCAACCUGCCAAUUUGUUUGGUAGCCCUGUGUGUGAAAAUAAAUCAUCCAGUUAAUGAUUCGGGUUAAAUGGGAUUAGACACAUCAAAGGCUAACCUCAGGAAUUUUGUAUAACCAUCCUGCAUUUAUCCAGACUCGACUUCAAGUCAGAACAUUGCUAUACCUCAGAAAUGAUGAGAGCUGUUUUCCUCUGCUUUUCUUUUAUACAGAAAACUGGUUUAUAGUGACAUAGUUGCCUCAUGACAGAAAUCGAAAGUUCAAAACACAGGAGCAAACACCUAAUUGGCAUCGUUCGUGAUUUUCAAAGCCUAAUGUCGCAAAUUUGGAUUUCGUGUUACUGGAUAUAAAUUGCUGAACCCAUAGUUAUUCAUACGGCUGGCAGAAAUGAAAGAGGUACCCAUUAAAAAUGUUUUAAAGCGACAUACCCGGAAAUAUUUAAAAUCAUCUUAGCAGUGGUAGUUCGACCAACAAAUGAAACCAUUCCUAAAAAAUUCCAGGGCUGCUGGUGUUCAAACUGCAGAAAAAUAUUUUUUUUUACCAUAGUUGCUGUGUGGUCUCUCUCAUACAGAAAUUGCUUGCUUUAGUGCUUAUGAGCUGCAUGUCAGUGACCAAAUUUUCCUUAAAAUAGUGAGACAAGCCCAUAUGUCCAGACCCUGUUGAAAUAACUGAGCUUCCACUCCCGUUUCAAGCCAGAAUUACUGCCGUAAAAUGGUUCUGACUACAAUUUGUGACAAAAGUGUACUUGGAUUGUAGCUCAGUGCUGAAGGAAUUAUCCCAAAUUAUGGACAACAUUGGAAGAGAGACGUAGAGUGGCUCAAUCCAGCUCCUAAAAGCAAUUACGAAUUCUGUUUCUCCACUUAUGUGUUAUUUUGAUCAGCACCAAUCACAUACAUUAAAUCGGGGGUCAGCAACUCCAGUCCUUGAGUGCCACUAUCCUGCAACUUUUGGAUGCAUCUCUGCUCUAACACAUCGGGGCAGGAUUGCUGAUAAAAGUUGGAGAUGUUUGUUGGUUCUUAUUAAAUAUUUCCACCAGAAAAUUGUGUCAUCUUUUUAAAAAGUGCACAAUUUGCCUACUUUAGAUCUUAAUUUGUAACUUACGAGAGCAAAAGAAUACACUGUGGAUUUGUUUAUCUCUAUCUUGUCUGACUCAGUUUUUUUUUUUCCUUUUCUUUUUUUUCACUCUACAUGCAUAUUUUAAGAAACUUCAAACACACCUAAUAAACAUGAUUCUUUGUACAUUAAA